AUCAUUCCAGCGUCAUCUCCAUGGAAACGAGCUGGGGCUACUGUGAUGAUUGGGUCCCCUCUCAAAGCCUGCCUUUUUGUGAUAGGAUGAGGCUAGCAGAACUCCCUGCCCCCUCCUCUCAUCUACACUUGGAUUCACUCAUUUUUUCCUUCGUCCUCCCUCCUUACCUUCAUUGCAUCGAAGACAAGAUGGAAUUAAGCAGCCCUGCCGGGUCUCAUUGAAUUCUGAUUAAAAUGCUUUGACAUGGCCGCAUCAGCGACGACAAUCCUGAGGAGUCAUCGUGCUACCCACAUCCCAGCCUCGCUGCAAGAAUGGAGACCGGAAUGGAGACCUGUUAGUUAGACUGUUUUCAUUUGUUUUCAUGUUUUCCAAUGCAAAUCUAGCCUUAUUUGUUUUAUGAUUUGGGCCUGCAUGAGCGGUUUUAAAAUUAUGCACUGUAAAUAAGCGAGCCUGUGUGUGGUCCUCUUAAAUGUCCCUGCUAAACCUCAGAGAUAACAGAAGACCAGCGAGAAGACAUUAACCAACCAUGGUUGUGCCGUAAGCAAGACUCUGUGUCGUCAUAAAUGUUUGAAAUAAUAUGCAAAAGACUGGUACGGUGCCAUGACAAUCAGUUGUUUUUGAAAGGCAAGAUGAGAAAUAUGGAACUGACUGUCACUGCAUAAGAGCAUGAGUGUUGCUUCUGGCUCCUGGUUCAUUUGGAACUGCUUUUAAUCAGGCUUGUCCACUACAUACCUUCAUUAAUACAUUUAUAAGACAAAUUGUUUAGUAUCUGACAACCAUGCCAGUAAAUGUACUUUGCUUGAUUUUAGACACUUUAGCUUUGCUGUGAAAACCGCACUUCUUCUGAACUUUUGCAGAAAAGGACAACAGUGAUUCUUCUCAAUCUGAAGUGAGCAUGUAGUGAAUGGCUUAAAUUUGGCUGUGGACAUCAUUUGGUCACACAGAUUCCCCCUGUCCCUUGUUGCUUGAAUAAAGGGAUGUUUGACCUGUGCACUUGGCCUAAGCAGCCUGAACCUGCACCGACACACGGAGAUGGAGAGCCCCAAAGUCACACAAGCUCUCGGAUGCCAGCCCAUUGAGCAGGAGCAAAGGGAGUCUGGGGAGAAGGAUGAUAAAAAACAUAGGCUUUUGGACAAAGACGUCACAGCUACUGCUCAUUUAAAGGCACCAUUGUUAGGAAAGAGGCACCAUUCUCUUUAUGCAAACCUCCACGGAUUCGAAGUGGAAGGAUUACAGAAGAAUGGGACAGAUUAUGGAUUGCUGGUGCGUCAGAACUCAGAACUCCUGAGAGCUCUCGAUGAGCUGGAGAAGACUUGCAACACACUGAGGGAAGAGAACGGCCUGCUGCGAAAGAGCAGCGCCCCAGAGACUGAGGAGAAGGUCAGGCGGUUGAGGAGAAAGAACACCGAGCUCACUGUUCUUGCUAAGAGACUGGAAGAGAGAGCGCGCAAACUACAAGAGGCCAACCUCAAAGUGGUGAAUCCUUCUUCGCUCUUUAGACCUGGUGCUGUGGAGCAGUACAAAAGAGCUUUUGCCCGCCAACGAGCUCGUGACCUGGCCCAGCAUGCUGAUGCACUGCUAUCUAAGGACAAAGAGAUUGCUGCCCUGCAGCAGGAGUGCAGACACCUCGAGGCACGGCUGGGACCAGCUAAGGAUUUCCCUGUUCAGUCGGCUCGGGUGGAAUAUGAGAAACUCCUCAGAGAGUCUCAGAAAGAGGUGCUGCGGCUUCAGAGGCAGCUGUCCGUCACGUCGUCCAGGCAACAACACGGCCUGAGGCCUGACGCCGAUGUCCCCGAGAAGUGUGAGGAAAACGCCAAAGAGACCAGACAGGAGAAGGUUUUAGGGGAGACCCCAUGUGUGGCAUUAGAUGAGGGUCCAUCCAGGUGUGAGAAGACUCCGGCAGAGGCGGGGGAGUCGUGGCUGCAAGUGACGCCCCCACCGGGCCUUAGCCCCACCUCCUCCCAUCAGGAGGAACCCACAGAGGAGCAACGACUACAGUUUCUGGAACGGGAGCUGAGCAGGAAGAGAAAAGAAUGUGAAAAUCUUGAGCAUGAAGUAAAGAAGCGACAGAAGAGAUGUCUGGAUUUAGAGAGCCAGCUUGAGGAUGAGCGAGGCAAAAAUGAGCAACUAAAGGAGGAGGCAGAACUCCUCAGGAGGAAGGUGCAGCUGCUCGACCAGACUCGGGCUGAAAAUGAGGAGCUAAGGGAAGAUCUCUCUGAAGUGACCGCUCAACACAAUUCAGUUCUCAAAGAGAACCAGAGACUCCGUGCCAAACUGGAGAACCUAGAGCAGGUCCUAAAGCACAUGCGAGAGGUCGCCGAGCGAAGGCAGCAGCUGGAAUUGGAACAUGAGCAGGCACUGGCUAUCCUUAAGUUCAAACAGGAAGAGAUCAAACGGUUACAGCGGGCUCAGUUAUUUGCCAAGAGGGAACAUGAAGGAGUGGUUCAGAUGCUGGAGGAGUUGACUCAGCUCGUGUUGCGGAGGGAGCUGUCAAAGGUACGAGAGCUGGAGGAGAAAUGUCGCAGUCAGAGUGAACAGUUUGGCCUGCUGUCCCAGGAGUUGGAGAAGUUCCGACUGCAGGCCUCCAAAGUGGACCUGGCCAGUUCCACCCUCCUCAACAAUCCCAGCCUCUCAGUUCUGACCAAUGGGGUGGGCCUGACUACUGACCGAGACUGCACUGGUGGCACACUGGAUAUGGUGUCUCUGGGUGAAAUAGCCUUCUGGAGUCUCGAGGGAGGUGACACUCUCUCCUGCCCAGAGGGUAACGAUGUGCUUGAUGUGGCCGCCGCUUUACGCAGGGGGUCCACGCCUCACGCAGCAGGACUCUCAAGGGUGGAGCGCUCGCCUGUCACCAAGCACCGAGAGCUGCCCACCAUCAGCGUCAGCAAGUCAGGCUCUUCUUCCAAGUCAGAAACCACGCACCUCACCCCCAAAUCUGACACCCACCUCAGUCCGCACAAAUCGAGCCCAACAUAUGAGGUGGACACUGCCAGUGAAGUUGAGGAGUUGGACAUAGAUGUGGCCCCGGCACCAUUCACAGCCAGCAGGGGAGCAGCAAAGCUUCAGGUUUUCAUUGCCAGAUACAGUUAUAAUCCUUAUGAUGGCCCGAAUGACAACCCUGAGGUGGAGCUACCGCUGACUGCUGGGGAAUACAUCUAUGUUUAUGGAGACAUGGAUGAUGAUGGUUUCUAUGAAGGUGAGCUGAUGGAUGGGCGGAGAGGGCUGGUCCCCUCCAACUUUGUGGAACGUGUGUCAGACGACGAUGUAAUGAGCACUCAGCACCCAGAGACUGGGGACGUGUCCCACAACUCCCUGCUAGACAGCAGCCUGCACAGUGCCAGCCACCAGCAUCACCUCCGCGUGGGCGUCAGCGCCUCAGAAAGGACAGAGGCCUUGGCUGCCCCUGGCCCCGCCUCAGCCCUCUCAGAUUCAGCAUCGGCCUUGUCUGUCCCAGCCCCCCUCACCAACGGCCUGGACUUGGAUUUGGAGGAGGUGGGAGUGGACGUUGUGCCUUACCCACGUAAACUUUCCCUCAUCAAGCAGCUUGCCAAGAGCAUCAUCAUUGGCUGGGACCCUCCGUUGGUGCCGGCAGGGUGGGGAAACGUGUGGAGCUACAAUGUGUAUGUAGACCAGGAGCUGCGGCUGAACGUGCCCUUUGGUGCCCAGACCAAAGCGGUGCUGGAGCGGCUGGACAUAAACCUCAAAGCCUAUCGAGUGUCGGUCCAAAGCCUGACAGAGAAAGGCCUCUCAGACCAGCUCCGCUGCAGCAUGCUGGUCGGCCGGGAUGUUUGUGUGGCGCCGACACAGCUGCGUGUGGACAGAAUUACCGCCACGUCUGCCAACCUGACCUGGCUGCCCAGCAACAGUAACUAUGUGCACAUUGUGUCCUUGAACGAUGAGGAGUGUGAGCUGGUGAAGGCUGGCUGCUACUCGCUGUGCCUCAAUAACCUCUUGCCCAGCCUGCAGUACACAGUCAAAGUGGAGGCACGGCCACACCGAACGCCAUGGGAGUUACCUGUGGAGCGACGGGAACACAGGAGCACCACGAUCACCUUCAGCACACUAAUGGCAGGCCCCCCUGACGCCCCACUGGACGUACAGCUGGAGCCUGGCCCCUCUCCAGGGAUUGCUCUUAUCAGCUGGCUGCCAGUCACUAUAGAUGCUGCUGGGACCUCUAACGGAAUCCGUGUCACUGGAUACACUAUAUAUGCUGACAAGAAGAAGGUCUUGGAGGUGGCUUCCCCUACAGCUGGAAGUGCUCUGCUGGGCCCCUCUCAAAUCCAGUCCCUCCAGGCAGCCCAGGAGCUCACUGUCCGCACCAUGUCUGGUCACGGGGAGUCCUGUGACUCUUUUCCAGUAAAUGUGCCCUCCAAGCUACCUGCUGUCAUGGCAGGCCUGACUCCAGCCACCCCAGUUGUGCCACACCUCCCCGGCACCUCUGUAGCUCCCAGCACCUUGCCCCCACCACCAUUCUAUGGAAACUCUGCUGCCAAAGUCUCUGUACUGGCCAACAUUUUGCCAUCAGGCACAUACAGGCCUGGCCCUGCAGUGGAGGCUGCUGCCAACCUGCCUCAUGCUCUCCACUCACAAGAUCUUUUGUCAUCUGCUUCCUAUGUGAAAGCCUGGGCCGACCCCUCUUCUGCUGCUGCCUUGACUGUUUAUGAGGCCACAUUACCAGUGGCCUCCCCAAUUCCUCCAGUGGUCAAUGUGGCCUCCCCCAUCAACACAGCACCUCAGCCAUUUCCAGCAGCAGGAACACCUCCCCCACCUGCACAAGUGGAAAUUGUGGCACCAGCGGCAGUGUUGGAUCUACGCAGAGACACUGAGAGCCCUGGAACAAUACGUCCUUUCCCAUCCAUCACAGAGUUCAUCGAAGACCCCUGUGGCAAUCUUGGGACCCCUGAGCGCAUCCCAAGUCCACCCAAAGCCCCGAUUAUUGACCUCCGGAACCCGCGGAGCACUAAUGUCCUGCGACCACCCAGCAGUUCACCACUGGAGUCGGAGGUAGAGGAGGAACCAGAGAACACUCGUCUGGUGUCCAUUGAGGAGUUCUUGAGACAAGACCAAGAGCCUACUUGCAGUAGGCAGCCGAGCUAUGGCAGAGGGCUGGUGGAGCCUCACAGCGACUACCACGCGGACAACAGCCGCUCGGAUCUGUCAGAUAUCCUGGAGGAAGAGGAGGAGGAACUUAAUUCUGACCACCUUGGAGAAGCACAGGCCAGGGGGUACACAGUUGGAGCCAACAGGUCAUGCAGACUAGAGACACCAGAUAGUGAUGAGGAUGUUCUUGAGAGGAUCCUUAAGUUGCCUCCUCAGGCCCCACAGCCCAAGCAGCUGUUCAGCAUUGCUGAGGUGACAGAGGAGGAAGACAGCAGUCAGGAAGAGCGUUUUCUCCAUCACAGCAAGUCUCGGCCAGGGCCGAUUCAUCCCAGAGACUCUAAGCAUAUCCAUCAUGCUCCCCUGCAUCACCCUCAUCCUCCCAACCCAUACCCACACAUCCCCUCUCAGCAUCACCACUUCAACAGGGAUCCCAGAUCCCUAACCAAAGAGCCUUCUGUCAGACAAGAACCCCUGCAGGCUAGGCCGAAGGCGCAUCACAGGGUGCACUAUGCUGAUACUGUGGAUAAUAAAAAUUAUUCAGAAGAUGAAAACACAAGUUUUCAUGAGAGUUCCACUAGCAGGCGAGUCUCUGCCUGCUGUCCACCCAAACGUACCCCCACUAUCAAAGAAAGAGCGCUGCUCAAAGGGCUAGGGGACCGCCUUAGAAGGGAGGCCAUGCUCAGGAGUCAGAUGGCUCUCGCCGCUGUGGAAAGCCCCGACCAUGGCCCUACCCCGCCAAGACCCUACCCAGUCAGCAAGACGGUACGGACUCUGAAGUCACCAGUUGGUCGUAGGAUGGAGAUCGACGUGGAGUACGGCACAGACAACGAAGAACCUGUUGACUACAGCCAUGGGGAGGUGGUGAUGGAGCAGAUGAGCUCUGAGUGGUGGGUUGAGGGGGCUCAAGGGGACCACUGCAAACCUCCUCACUGCAGAGGGCUCAAGGCUGAAUCCGUGGAGCCUAGUCAAAUCCCUCCAGCUUUGACGGGCCCAUCAAGGGGUGGCCAGGCAGAGCUUUCUUCCAAACCAAUGAGCUCCCAUACCAGGCAGCACAAAGAUGAUUCUCCAAAGAUUAAAGGAGAUGGUGGCGUACGCAUCUUUGUGGCCCUUUUUCCAUAUGACCCCAUCACUAUGUCUCCCAAUCCUGAUGCUGCUGAGGAGGAGCUGCCAUUUAGUGAAGGACAGAUCAUCAAAGUUUACGGAGACAAAGACCCCGACGGAUUCUACCGGGGGGAGUCAGGUGGCCGUCUGGGCUACGUUCCGUGUAACAUGGUGUCUGAGAUCCAGGUGGAGGAUGAGGAGACCCAGCAGCAGCUACUGCAGCAGGGCUUCUUGUCCACAGCUACCUCUAUGGAGAAGAUUGGCACUCGCACAUAUGCCCUGCUUCCGCGUCGCCCUGUUCCACCGCCGAAACCGAGACGAUCCAAAAAAGUGGAGUCUGCAGCACUCUGGGAGGAGAACAUAGACUCCUCUAGUCAAGAUCCCAGCCAAAGUGCUGCUCCUGCAGCUGUAGGGAAACCAGCCUCAGGGGCUCGAAGGAUGAUCGCCGUCUUCGACUAUGAUCCACGAGAGAGCUCCCCGAACACUGAUAUAGAGGCUGAGCUGACUUUCAGUGCAGGAGACAUCAUACACGUGUUUGGUGACAUGGAUGAAGAUGGUUUCUUUUACGGAGAGUUGAAUGGGCACAGAGGCUUGGUACCCUCCAACUUCCUGCAAGCCCUCCCAGAUGAACCUCCUCCAGAAUCACUCAGUUCUGGUGCGCAGUCGGCACCAGAACCCAGGAAAGAAUCACAGAAUACUUGCACGCCCUCUUUAGAGCCACAAGAUUUGGGCCCCUCAGCUCUAGACGAAGCUUUGCACCCCCCAGCUGAUCCGUUUAACCCAAACAGGGCAGAGCAUACAGACUUGCAACCCCAGCUGGAAGUCACAGCGAGUCCGGCCUCCAGCCUGGCCCCUGCUCCGCAUCCCGCUGCAUUGGAGGUGUCCUGCUCUCCUUCAGACAGCCCAGCACCAACAGAGUCCGCUGUGCAGCCCAAGAAGAAGAAAGGCUUUUUCUCCAAAGGCAAGAAACUGUUCAAAAAGCUGGGAUCCAGCAAAAAAGAAUAAGACUCUGGAAACUCAUUUCAAAUUUAAAGCACUUUCUCUGUCUGUACUGUUAGUCUCAUUCGGUAAUUAAUGUUGUUUGCAACUAGCUGAUGCUUUGACUGUCAGUAAUUAUACAUUUGCCUUAGACCAGCUGGUAAACAACGAGGACUUGGAAACACAGCAUGUACCAGUGCAUGUUCACAAAUAUUUCUUCUAAAUUCUUCUGCUUUAUUAACUUGUCAGACAGUUAAGAGACAAAGCAAUAAUAUACCAACAUGUAAGAAUUAUUUUGACCUAUUUAAAGCUGAGCAGUUUUGAUUAGGAGAGCAGGUGUCACCCAGACUCAGACAGCUUUAAUGCUCAUCUGCUUUUGCCACCUUAUUUAUUUAAAGCCAACAGACAGAAGCAGUGUGUUGUUCUUCUUCUGUGUGGCUGUUAAGAAUGCACUAUCCAUCCUGACGAGAUGUAGUUAUAUUAUGUCUGUUCUCCCCAUGUAUUACUUUGUAUAAAAUCAUAUUUAUUUGUAUCUGUUAGCACUGGGCAAGCAGUAGCAUCAGAGCCAGGAGGUAACCAGUUAGCUUAGAGCUGUUACAGAAAGCGAGGCUCCCUGAUGCUAAUUUGGUGGUCCUGAUUGUUCAGCGUGAAUGAAUGUGAGAGCAUGUUAUGUUUAAUUUAUGUUUGUUUUCCUAAAACCACUGUGUUGGUAGCCAGCCCAGCAAUUAUUGGGUCCAGCAGCUUUGUGGGGUCAAACAUCCUCCAGCAGCCUCUAGUGUGUGUACAUAUUAGUGGGCACCCCAGUUUAAGAUGUGUAAAACGUUUUAAAAUACAUUCAGCUUUUAUUGCAGCAGCAUAUUCUCACACUAACAAAUGUAAAAUCCAACUUUUAAUUUGACUACUUUUAUUACACUGAAAUCUCAUUUGAAGAAUUAAUUGUAACAAAAUCCCCCAGUUUAUAAUUGUUGGUACCCCUGCCUUUAUUACUUUAUGUAACCCCUCUUUUGCUAAAAGGACAACAGUUAGUCUGCUCUAUAACAUUACACAAUGUGGGAACAUGCAGAGAGAUGGAUGUUCGACCAUUAUCCCCAUAAAUUAUCCAAAGUCCUGGCUCCUCUUUUCUUUUCUCUUCAGCUCACCCUACAUGUUUUCUUUAGGAUUUAGGUCUGGGGGCUGCAGUGGCCAUGGAAGGUCUGAUUUGUGCCUGGUGAACCAUUUCUCGUUUGGCCUUAUGUUGUCACCUGAUUUUUUAUGUAUAAUCUUCUGGCAUUUCAAUGAGUUCAUGGUGCCAUUCACACUAACAAAGAACCCAGGGUUUUUGCAAGAGAAACAGGCCCACAGCAUCAGAAAUCCUUCACCAAACCUAAAAGGCAGACAUGAGAUCACUUUCCACAGCAGAGUUUAGCAAACUGUUUAUGCGUUUGUGAGGGCAGGACAAAAAAAGCUUUUUCUGGCAGCUAUCCCAAACAAUCAGUUCAUAUGUUCAUAUGUACCUACAAUGAUAGGUGAUUUUUUUUUUUUUUUAAACGUCACUGUGAGGUCAUGUUACUGCAAUAAAAGAUACAUCUAGUUUUACUUCUUUUACACAUCAACUUUUUCAAGGAGGUAUUUGUUUUGUGUCUAUAGAAUUCUUAAUUCUUCUCCAAAUAGCAAAGGAAAGAGAGCGAUUUGAGCGACAGUGAGCAGUCUGUCAGUCGUUGGAGAUUCAUUCUGAUUUGAAUGUAGGAUGUUUUUUAUGUUAGCUUAAAGGAACAUCACUUCCUGGAUCUGCAUUCAAGCAGAGCGUUUGCACUAAAGGCUUGUGGCAUUGCUGUACUUUCAUAGACUCUGCAAUAAGUUUUAACCUUAUCUUCUCUUUCACCUCCAUAUUAGGACUAUAAUGAAGUUCAGCUUGCAGUGUUACAGCAUAAAUGUUAAUUAUUAGCAUAUGCAGUGUAGUUAGUAUUUCUGUCAAUUCAUUUGCACCAGAACACCAGAGAGUAGUUUAGCAAUGCUGACUAGUUAGACUUUAGCAAUACAUAAUGCUGUGUGUUAUUUAUGUAGUGCUUAUUACCGCUUUAUUAAAAUUACAGCUCUAGUAUACGUGCUCAGUUUGGGUACAGAUGUGUGGAGCAGGCCUUUUUCACCUGUGACACUCAUUCUGAUUUUCUUCUCUCCGUCUCUGCAAAAGGGCUGUUAGGCAGUUCCUCAGGUUUUCAUUGGUAGGUUCUUUUCAGUGCUCGGGCACCUGUUAAUUCUGGCUGUCAUAAAUCUGCAGAAUAUGCCAAAAUGUUCGGUGCUUUGCUUUUUACCACAGCUAUGAGACACGUAACAUUCCCAGCAGCAUGAGGGAGAUCCACCAGACUGGUUUUAGUUUGGGUUUUUUUUCUUAUGUUGUUUGCAGAUAUUUUAUUUUUUUCUUUGUGAAUCUUUCAAUUAAUUACGGUUGUAUAAAGGGAGCACGAUGAUGCCAAGAAUAAAACAGAGGGUGGUUUGUCAAAGACACUUUAGAUGUUGAAUAGCCGGGAUAGAUGCAAGCCAGAGGCAGUACUGUAUGCUUUCUUUCAUGUGUUUGUCUUCUUUGUGUUUUAACAAGGGGUGGACGCUACAAAGUUGCCGAAAUGUACAGCAGAUAGUUGUAAUGUAUUAGACGGCCUUUAAUGCACCAGUCUAUCUGCUGCGUAGCAACAGAGGCUCCUCUGCUGACUGGAUCGGGCUGAGACCCAUUUAGAUAGUGUUUUAGCUCAGAUGAUCAUAUCUAGCCUUACACGAAGACCUUGUUUAGUCUUAAUAAGUUGUUUACAGGAUGUUUGCAUGCAUAUUCAACCCAUGGUUGGCCUUAUUCAUGUUGCUGUCAUGUUUCAAUUGUCUUGGCAGACUUUUCUACAGUAUUAAAGCUGCAGCCUGUGGAUGCAGUGGGAAAGAAGCUGCAGGAGCUGUGUACAUUUACUGUAAUUAACAGUUGGGACAUAUGUUACAUUUUCAUUAUUUUCAUACAUUGCAGAAAAUCAUUCUGUGUCUUUCCUUAUCUACAUUCAUUGUUUGAAACCACUGUAAGAUGAACCUUUUUAUAUAUUAUUAUUCUUUUUAUUACCCUUUCUGAAAGCUCAUCUGUAUAUAUUUUGACAAUAUUGUUUUUCAGAUUUUAUUUUGCUCUUUUUUUGUUUUUUGCAUGUCCAACCAGUGUUGUUGGAGGACUAUUAAUUGAAGCUGUAGUACACACAGGACUUCUUGACUUGAAAAUGUGGUGAAUUCUAUCAAUAUGGAUCUUUUUUUACUGAAAUAAAAUAUGUAUAUUUUCACAGAAAAAAA